AAAUAUGAGCAAGGAUUCAUCACAGACCCCGUGGUGCUGAGCCCCAACGACCGAGUGCGAGAUGUGUUUGAAGCAAAAGCUCGUCACGGAUUCUGUGGGAUUCCUAUCACGGACAACGGGAAGAUGGGAGGCAAGCUGGUUGGGAUCAUUUCAUCUCGAGAUAUUGAUUUCCUGAAAGAGUCGGAGCAUGACUUGCCUCUCGGCGAGAUUAUGACAAAGCGGGAGGAUCUUGUUGUGGCCCCGGCUGGCGUAAUGUUGAAAGAAGCAAAUGAAAUUCUGCAAAGGAGUAAAAAAGGCAAGCUGCCAAUUGUUAAUGAAGAUGACGAGCUGGUGGCUAUAAUUGCCCGCACUGACCUCAAGAAGAACCGGGACUACCCUCUGGCUUCUAAGGAUUCCAAGAAGCAGCUGCUCUGUGGUGCUGCUAUCGGGACCCACGAAGAUGACAAGUACCGGCUGGACCUCCUGGUGCAGGCUGGCGUGGAUGCGGUAGUGCUGGAUUCCUCUCAGGGGAACUCCAUCUUCCAGAUCAAUAUGAUAAAAUAUAUUAAGGAGAAAUAUCCCAACCUACAAGUUAUUGGAGGAAACGUUGUGACCGCUGCUCAGGCCAAGAACCUCAUUGACGCAGGGGUUGAUGCCCUGAGAGUCGGGAUGGGCAGUGGCUCCAUCUGCAUCACGCAGGAAGCUGCUCCAAAGAUCCCUCCAGACCUAAAGUCCCACAGCCCCAAAUGCCCUUCUACUGUCACGGGCACCUAUAUGCUGGCGUGCGGCCGCCCCCAGGCCACAGCGGUGUACAAGGUGUCCGAAUACGCCAGGAGAUUCGGCGUCCCCGUGAUUGCAGAUGGAGGGAUCCAGACGGUUGGGCACAUCGCAAAGGCCCUCGCACUCGGGGCUUCCACAGUGAUGAUGGGCUCUCUCCUGGCUGCCACCACGGAGGCCCCAGGUGAAUACUUCUUCUCGGAUGGAAUUAGGCUGAAGAAAUACCGCGGCAUGGGCUCACUAGAUGCCAUGGACAAGAACUUGGGCAGCCAGAACCGGUAUUUCAGUGAGACAGACAAAAUCAAAGUGGCCCAGGGGGUCUCCGGUGCAGUGCAGGACAAGGGCUCUAUCCACAAGUUCAUUCCGUACCUGAUUGCUGGGAUCCAGCAUGCCUGCCAGGAUAUUGGUGCCAAGAGCCUGACCCAAGUCCGAGCCAUGAUGUACUCGGGAGAGCUGAAGUUUGAGAAGAGGACAACGUCUGCCCAGGUGGAAGGAGGGGUGCAUGGCCUCCACUCGUAUGAGAAGCGCCUCUUCUGAAGGAGGUCCGUCUGUGUGUCAUCGUGCCACUCAGCUCUGUGCCACCCCACGCAGGAGCUGCUCUUGCUGCAGAAGUGCCAUUACGCUGGGCUGCCUGGAGCUCCCUGUGUCCCUUGGCUGCUUCAUCACCACCUGAGAGGGUCCACCCGCCACCCAGGAUCCUGGGCUGGCGCCUGGAGCCUUGCACGCCUUGUCCGUGUUUUACAAUAAAAGAGGAAAAGAUGUGCAA